AUGCGACUCAGCUUGCCAACUGGCGCUGCUGCUGAAUUCCCUGUUCUUCAGUCUAGCCUUGAUCAACGCCCAGACUGCGGCGAGACAUCUUACAAAGGAGCUGGACGACUUCGGGGCCUCAAUGCUUUGAUCACGGGUGGAGACUCUGGUAUCGGAAGAGCCAUUGUGAUUGCAUACCUUCGUGAAGGAGCCAACGUUGCUAUCAACUACAUGGAGGAAGAGGAGUCUGAUGCACAAGACCUCGCUGAUUUUCUUGCGAAAGAGGGAUUGUUUUUUGAACGCAUUCCUGGAAACUUGCUGAAUGAGACCUUUUGUACCUGGCUUGUCCAAGAGGCCCAUCGCCGUCUUGGCGGUCUCGAUAUUCUGGUCAAUCAUGCUGGAGUCUCUGGUUAUACUCAAGGUCCCAAUUGGCGUCCUAUUGCCAAUGAGUCAACAGAGCAGUUUGACCAGGUAUUUCGCACCAACGUUUAUGCUAGCUUUUUCUUGACGAGAGCCGCCGUGCCUCUGCUUCCACGUGGUGGCAACGUGGUCUUCACUGCCUCUACUGUUGCCAUAGAGCCAAACGCUGGAGCGCUUGCCUAUGGAGCGAGUAAAGCGGCCAUCGUCAUGAUGGUCCGUAACUUGGCCCAACAGCUUGCUGAGGAUGGAAUUCGGGUCAAUGGUGUUGCUCCCGGCUUCACCUAUACGCCUUUCUUAGCUGCCGGGGGGUUCACUACUGAGUCUGUGAAGGAGAUAUCUGAGGGCACUUUCUUCAGACGCCCUGCUCAGCCUGCAGAACUUGCACCGCUGUAUGUGAGUGUCGUUGAUGCAUCGUCCUCGUAUGUGAGCGGGGAGAUUUACGGUAACAGCGGAGCGACCCUUGGAUUUUAG